GUUCCGAACUAAUCCUCGCUACAUCCCAGGUUUUUUUUUUUUUUUUUACAAUAUUUUUUAAUUAAAUUUCGGCGGUUUGUUGUGUUUAAUUCGAGUGCGCUCGUGCCUCAAUCUCUAGUGUGGCUCGUGCGAGGAUGAUCUGAUCCAGACUGUGGCGUUAAUCCGGAUCGAACCGAACCAGAGGAGGCCGGACGCUUCACUGUGAACAGGAGGACGUGCGCGCCCGCAAGGAUGGAAGGAAAACUACCGAGUCAGGUGGCGUGUAUUGUGGCAUUGCUCAUUGGACGAGUUCUUCCGGUUGAGUUAACUUGUGAAACUCUGGUUUUGCUGUCUACUAACCUAACGGCAAGGACAUUGACUUUUCUAAACCAGACGUUUACUGUCACUAACAGCUCAGGGCUGUACUGUGACCUGUCCGUGGAUGGUAUUGGAACCUGUUGGCCUCGCAGUGUUGCAGGAGAAGUGGUCUCCAGACCCUGUCCUGAACAGUUCAAUGGCAUCUACUACAAUACCACCAACCGGGUGUUCAGGGAGUGUCAGUCUAAUGGCAGUUGGGCUUCCCGAGGAAACUACAGCCUGUGCACCGAGAUCAUCUUUCUGAGGAAGAGUAAAGUUCAUUAUCGUGUGGCUGUGAUCAUCAACUACCUGGGUCACUGCAUCUCUCUGGGCGCUUUGCUGCUGGCCUUCAUCUUGUUCAUGAGGCUCAGGAGCAUCCGCUGUCUCCGGAAUAUCAUCCACUGGAACCUGAUCUCAGCAUUCAUUCUGAGGAACGCCACCUGGUUCAUCGUGCAGCUGACCAUGAACCCUGCAGUUACUGAGAGCAACCAGGCGUGGUGCAGAUUGGUCACAGCGGCCUAUAAUUAUUUCCACGUGACAAACUUCUUCUGGAUGUUUGGUGAAGGAUGUUAUCUUCACACCGCUGUCGUUCUCACGUACUCCACCGACAAACUCAGGAAGUGGAUGUUCGUGUGCAUCGGUUGGGGUAUUCCGUUACCGAUCAUCGUAGCUUGGGCAUUUGGAAAGCUUUACUACGACAAUGAAAAGUGCUGGUUUGGAAAGAAGGCGGGGAUUUAUACAGACUACAUCUACCAGGGUCCAAUGAUUCUGGUCCUGCUGAUUAAUUUUGUCUUCUUGUUCAACAUUGUCCGGAUCCUGAUGACCAAACUAAGAGCAUCGACAACUUCAGAGACCAUCCAGUACAGGAAGGCGGUGAAGGCCACUCUGGUGCUGCUGCCUCUGUUAGGAAUCACAUACAUGCUGUUUUUUGUCAACCCUGGAGGGGAAGAUGAGAUCGCUCAGAUUGUCUUCAUCUACUUCAACUCCCUCCUGGAAUCCUUCCAGGGUUUUUUUGUCUCCGUUUUCUACUGUUUCCUCAACAAUGAGGUGCGCUCUGCUGUCAGGAAGCGUUGGGCUCGUUGGCAGGACCGUCACUCCAUUCGGAGCCGAACGGGACGAGCCAUGUCACUACCCACAUCACCCAGCCGCGUAUCCUUCCACAGCAUUAAACAGUCCUCGAACCUCUGAUCUCACGGACACGUCGUCACCGAACUGAACCUCAUCGUCAGUCAGUUGACGAGUCAUAGGCUGUGAUACAAACCCACUCAGCCAAUCAGAGACAUGGCAUUCAAGGACUCAAACAGCCAAUCAGAGUGAAGCUUAAAGGGACUAUGUGGGAACGGACUCAGUCAAGACUUAGAGGUGAGUCUUCUAUAGUGUGAUUAGCCCCGCCCCACCACAUGACUCUGCUUUAUGGCCAAUCACUGGUCUGGACUCGACCUAUAAGCUGCAGUGGUCUGUCUGUGUAAUCUCCAAUCAAUAAGCUAUUUAUGUAUGAGUCAGUAUGUAAAUAUUGAUCACCAGCCUUCUGUUAAUCUGAAGCUGUGCCCUCUCUCCUUCCUGGUAGGUAUUUUCAUGUUUUUCCAGUACAGUCUUAAAUCACUGAUCAUGCUGACUGAAUCGUCACAAAACCUAAUGUUUACUCUUCUAUGAUUAUUAAUGAAACAUGAGAGGUAUGUGAAGGCAACACAGCACAUGUACAAGGAUAGUGAAAUCUAAGAGACUGAAGUGUUCAAGGAGGAAGUGGGUAUGCUUCAGGGAUCCACUCUUAGCCCACUAAUGUUUGCUGCAGUGAAGGACCACAUGACAGGAAGUGACCCACUGUGGAUGAUGAUGGCACUGUGGUUUUUACUGUGUCAUUUCUCAUGAGUACAUAGAGUUAUGUGUAAUUGUGCAGUGCAGAGACUUUUGAAUUCUCUAAUGUGCAUCUCGGCCAACCCGUAACAGCUGAAGGGCCGUGACUGAACAAUGCAGAAAACUGCAGAUGGACUUCCAUGCUCAGAAAUAAAAUUCAGUGUUGGUGAGGUGGCGAUGGACCGGCUGUCUGCCUGAAUGGUUACCAUCCAGGUUACAUCCAUACUGUGGUGGAUGUAGAGAUCUGUGGCUCUCAGACCUGAAAUAACAGAAACCUCUGGGUUUCUAUGCUGUACUUUUUCAAUAUUGCCCUCCAGUGGCAGAAGCAGAGCAGUGCAGAAGCAAAAACCAGACUUAAAUAGGAGAAAAAGAAAAAUGUUAGGCUGCAUGUGUAAAGGAAGAAGAGGGACGGCUGUGAAUGUGGUAGAAGUCGAGAACAUGAUGAUUGUAAGCAAGAUACAAAAAAAUGAGGGCAGGGAGGAAAGAGUGAUUGGAGAAAAACAUCAGAACAGUUGUGUGAUUAAAAAGGUUCCCCUGAAGGUAAAGGAACAGAUUGAUGGUUUGGAGAUGGUCUGAUGUAACAACAGGAAGAGAAUAUGGGUGAGAGAGUACCAGGAAGCAGCAAAAGGAAAAUAAAAAAGAACGAUGAGUUUGGAUGAGGUGAUGGCGGACAGGUCAUCAAUCAAUCAAUCAAUUUUAUUUAUAUAGCGCCAAAUCACAACAAACAGUUGCCCCAAGACGCUUUAUAUUGUAAGGCAAGGCCAUACAAUAAUUACGUAAA